AUGGGGAAAAAGGCGUUCGCUACUAAGAUUAAACCACCUUCGUCUCGCCGUGAAGAAAACCGGGGAGAAAACCCUGGAACACAACCACCGCCGAACCCUCAACCUUCGGCACCAACUCAGCAAGCCCCACCGAUGAUAUCUCUAGACGCAAUGGCGGAGUUUCUCCGUUUACAAGACCCCACUAGGAACUGGGCGGCGGAGUUGGCGAAUUUCAGCCAAAUCAGAGGGCAAGGGAAUAUGACCGCAGCAAGUCCGGCAGUGGCGAUGUCAGUAACCAGUGCGCAUCCCACGGUGCAGCCUCCGCCUACCGAUCCGUUUCCCCCUACAAUUCCACAAGAAGAACACACUCCCGUCGAAGCCGCAAUUGCAGAAACAGAGAAACUCUCUCCGGUAAACCAAGACUCCGAACCCUUGAAUGAUGAAGCAAUUUUGGCUUACUACGAUUCUGAUCCGGAGGAGAGGGCGGAAAGGCUGAGGAAGGAGAACCAAGACCGUGAGGGGGGAAAUAUAGCGGAGGAAACGCCUACUGUGGAGACCGUCCGUCAAGAGAGGGUUAGGGAAGAAAUAGAUCUGAACGAAUUGGCACAGAAGCGCAGCCUCAUGACCGAUACGGAGUUUGAGUCAAUCGUGGAAGAGGUAAACCGCAGAGAGGAUACUGCUUUGAUAGCUGAGGGUCUAGACCUCGCAUCAAGGUCAGUUGGAAGGGUUGAGAAAGUACAGGGUGAAGAGAAAGAGUCGGAGCCAGUAGAUCCCCGAGUGGAAGUAGGGGAUAGUAGAAUGCAGGUAGGAGAGGAGGAACCAGCUGCAGAAACCCAAGAGCCAGAACCGGUGGCGCCUCCAGUAGUGAAGCCCAAGCCCAUAAAGCGGAGCUUAAUAUUGAAGACUGAUCCUAAGGCAAUCCGGCCUAAACCGCAGAGGGUUUCGCAGAGAUGCUUGGGAAAGUCAGUAGGCCACAGGGAGACCGGUCCUACUACCCAGGAUCCAUUUUCAUCACAAGCUGAGAAAGAACCCGAAGAAGAGAAAGACAAAGUUGACAGAGAGGAAGUGAGAUACAGUGAAGAGAGAAAACGAAAGGGGAAGGCCCCUAUGAAGAAGAAGCCUAGCAUCAAGAAACCGCGUCUCGUGAACAUUGGCAUAGUGAUCACUGAGGCUGCUCAGAGGACCCCAUCCAGCCGACGAGAGUAG